UGCAGGUGCAGCGGCCGAACACAACCAAAAAAAUGAAGUUCAUUUUUCACAAGAAAAACUGUUCGAAUUCCCCUGUUUCAAUUCAAACCUCAUACGCCAGCACGAUCGAUCCGACGGCUCUUGAUCACCGCCUCACGAUCCAACGGCGAGCACACUCCUCGACGCACUUAAAUCCGAAGCUUCCUCCUCUUCCUCUUCCUCUCCUCUCCCCGCGCCGGCAGUUACUGGUUAAAACUCGUCGCCUCCGCCAUAAUAAGUUCACUCCUCCUCCUCCUCCUCUCUUAGCUCCACUCCACCUCGCCGCAGAUCUCCCGCGACGAGCUCGAGCUAGCUCGAGGCCAUGGUGAGCGCGUCAAGCCUCCUGCUCCCGUCGUCCGUGCGCGACUUCGCCUCCUGCAUCGGCGACGGCGCCGCCUGCACCGCGCCGUCCUCCACCCGCACCCGGAGGGGCUCCGCCGCCGUGCAGGCGCAGCCGUCCACGCUCUCCGUCACCGCCUCGUACCGCGUCGCGCUCGCGUCGUCGUCGUCGCCGCCGCUGCAGCUCCGGCUCACCUGGGCGCACUCCCCGCUCGGCCCCACCCUGUCGUUCUCCCCCUCGGCGUCCGGUCGCAAGGUGCUCGUCCGCCGCCGGAGGGGUUCUUGCUCCGUGCUGUCCUCCGGGGAGGAUGAGGCGGUGGAGUCGGAGUCGGAGUUGUCGGCGUCGUCGCCGCGGCUCGCGCUGUUCUGGGACCUGACCGCGGCGCGGUUCGACCCGGCGGCGUCGCCGGAGCCGGUGUCCGGGUACUACGUGGUGGUGGCCGUGGAAAGCGCGGAGGUGGUGCUCGCGUUGGGCGACCUGGCGGCGGAGUUCGUCAAGGCCAAGUUCGAGGGGACGACACAGAUCCCCAUGGCGGCGCCGUUCGCGCGCGGGGAGCGCGUGGUGGUGGCGGUGUCGUCGGACGCGGCGGCGGCGGUGACGCACACCGCGCGCGCCCGGUUCGCGGAGGGCGGGGCGGAGCACGAGGUGAGCGUGGGGUGCGCGCCUGGCGGCGGCGGCGGCGGCGGCGGGGACGAGCUGUGGGUGAGCAUCGACGGGAAGCGCGCGGUGCAGGCGCGGCGGCUCCGGUGGAACUUCAGGGGGAACCAGACGGUGUUCGUCGACGGCCAGCCCGUGGACGUGAUGUGGGACCUCCACGGGUGGUGGUUCCGGCGAGAGCCGCCGGCGCCGGGCUGGGCGGUGGUGAUGCUCCGGGCGAGGAGCGCGCUCGAGAGCCGCCUAUGGCUGGAGGAGGAGGCCGCCGCGCCGGCCUUCUCCCUCCUCGUCGAGGCCUUCAAGUCCCCACCUUGACUUCACCAUCUUCUUCUUCUUCAACAGCUUCUUCAUUGCCUCAUUUGAUGAUGGAAUUUACCAAACCAUCAAACCAAAUAUGUGUCCUUUGAUUACAACUUCCAACUUAGAUUAGAUUUUCUUUUAUGGGAGAUAAGAUUAUCAUCAUGUCUGGGGAAAAACAACAUCAUGGACAGGUCAUAUACUGAGAGAUUGGUGUGAUUGUGUAGUGUAGGAUCGUUUUUUAUUAUUAUUAUUAUUGCUUUUCCUCUUUACUGAUUUUUUUUUGGCUUUUCCUCAUUUCUGAAUAAUUGUUAGAGCAUUUUUGUUUGUUUGUGUGUGUGUGUGUGAUCCGUACAGUUAACAAAGAACAAAAGAAGCAGAUUCAGAGUUUGGUUUGAUCCUGCUGUGCUGUAUGAAUGAGGUGGUGCCAUUACUCUUUACUGUUCUUGAGUAAUGCAGCACUUAAUAACAGUGAUAGGAUCUGCUUCUUGCACUGUUUUGUACUUCCAUUUUUUGUAUAUACUAUGUACAACAAUGAACAAGACAAUGUCUGGAUAGAUUUUCUUGCAGUGUUC